AUGAACUUCCCCGUAAACGCCUUACCGACACCACCGUACGACCACGAGCACCGGCACUUCGAAAUGAGCUUCCGCGCUGAGCGGCCGCCGCUGUCCGGCCAGAGCCUGUCCACCAGCGAGAUCAUCGACUCCUUCUGGAAGACGCUUGAGUUCCUGAAGCAGGACUUGAUCCGGAGCUCGCCAGCGGCUCUCCUCGCUAAAUCCGGCAGCCAGGAACAACCAGACGCAAGCCCGGCGGCCGGCACCGCUGCGGACUGGCCGCACCGACGGGUAUCCAUGGAUCUCCCGCCGCAAUGUCUCGUCGACGAAAGCGACUUCGGCCAGCGCGGUUUUGAAGACAUCUCUUCACCGAGUCUGUACGAAGAAGAGCCGAUUCCGGUGUGGGGAAACAAGAAGCAGGAAGAAGAGCGCGUCGACGACAGCCGGGUCAGUCCUCUAGAACAGGAUGAAUGGAGCCUCGAAGACGGCAUCGUGAGCGAGCUCGACUCGUCACCGGAAAAAGGUUGGCCUUCGGCGGCGGCCAGCGCCGCUGAAUCAGCUGCCGGACGUGAAUCAGCGGAGAGGCGACGGCGGCGGUCGGGCAGCCGUGGCGGUUUCGACGACGCCUGCACGGACGUGCCGCCGGUUACCACCGUCGAUGUCUGCGUGGGUGGAAGCGCGACAACGACGGCCAUCUUGGAACCCGUGACCCCGGGUUGGGAGGAAGACGCGGACUCCGAGACGGAAGAGGAACAAGUGCGCCUUCCCGCCGGGACCGUGGAAUGCCGGCCAUCGCCGUACGGAGUUCCUGCUUCAUAUUCAGUGGCUGUCCCACUCCGGGCUCCUCCUCGGCGCUAUCAUUGCUCUCCCGUGUCCGAGCGCUCAACCUCCUCGCCGCUACUGGAUCAUCCUCGCCAGUGGGACAGCAGUGACAUCCGCGCCUGGCUCUCGUGGGUGAGCGCCAAGUUCGGCCUGUCCCGGCUGGACGACACCAGGUUCCCGGACAACGGACCGGCGCUGUGCGCCCUCACGCUGUCCGACUUCAGGGAACGCACCGACGUCCGGUCCGCGGACAUCCUCAACACCUUUCUGGCCUCCAGGAAGCUCGAUGCCGGCCUCAUCAAAGCGCCCGCGCUGGACCCUCCAUUCAGCCCGGACAGCGCCGAUGCCAGAGCAGCUGAAGAAGAUCAGACCCCAUACUCCGAGGCCCUCCGCAAAUCCGGCUGGUCAUCGAGUUCACCCGGCAAUGGAGGCUACGACCAUCAGACUUCAGUUUCAUCCUGCUUCGGCGCUCAGUCCCUCACGGCUUCGAGCAAAUCUGAUCCCCAGUCCCCACAAAGGACUUCAACACCUGACUCCUUUCAAAUGUUCCGGGCAGCAAGCGCGCGGUUUGCUUCUCAAGGCAGCGGGCAGAUCCAGCUGUGGCAGUUCCUGCUCGAGCUGCUCUCGGACAGCACCAACGCCAACUGCAUCACCUGGGAGGGUCAGAACGGCGAGUUCAAGCUCAUCGACCCGGACGAAGUGGCACGCCGCUGGGGCGAGCGCAAGAGCAAGCCCAAUAUGAACUACGACAAGCUGAGCCGGGCGCUGCGCUACUACUACGACAAGAACAUCAUGACCAAGGUGCACGGGAAGCGGUACGCCUACAAGUUCGACUUCCAUGGCCUCACGCAGGCGCAGCAGGCGCCCACCACGGAGACGUCGGCUGCGUACAGGCUACAGACGGAACUGUUUCUGCCCCACUACCGGAGCAACUACAUCGGCGGACAGACGGGGCCCGUGGGGCUGCCCCCGUCGGCGACCGCGGUACGGAGUCCCUACUGGACUCCUGGAGCGACGGGGCCCUGCAACCUCUACCCCAACCUGUCCGGACACUCGCUGAGUCACGCGAGCCACAGGGCGAACAGCCUGAGUCCCUACUACGCAUGACGGUGGUACCGGGACUGUGGGAACUUUCUCGCUUCCAAGUUGCCGACGACGACGUGAGGUGUACCCUCGGGACGGUGUUGAGGUGUGCUUCUGUCGUUGUGCACGGUGCUUCACGAACAUGCGUGCGUGAGUGUGUGUAAACUGGUUCCGGAAGAAGCAGUGCGGAACUCGGCAGGGGAAUGGACCUUCGCGAAUGAGCACUCAUCGGGUUUCCGGAGCAGCUGUAGAGUUGUGAACGAUUUGUGGCGAAACAGAUUUUGGACUCCUUGCUUCUUGUUGAGCCGGUGCGGUGUUUUCUUUUUGAGUGAUUGAGGGACGGCACUUGAAAAUCGUUUAAAUUGCCUCUCUUUCCUAUUAUAUUGUACUAGUACCUUGGCUCACAAAGUGCAAACGUAAAUUCUGUUUCCGAACGCUUUUUUUUUUUUUUUUUCGCUUGAGAACUUGGUUGAGGGAUAAGAGGCUUGAGCAGUCAUGAAGCUUUGUGUGUGAUUGUCGUGGUGGAUUCGGGAGUCACCAAACCAAAACAUAAUGCGCAAGGCUAAAAAAUACAAUUUUUUUUCCUGGGCACUUUAUCAUGAAGAGUUUCGCUCAGUAAUUUUGUUGUGCUCGUUUGUUUUAUAUUUUUGUUCAACCCUGCCGAUAGCGCACCGACAGAUGAGUUUAUUUCAAAGCACGGUCUAAAUACUCACUAGAUACUAAGAGGGGUGGGACAUCUUUUGCACACAAACUGCAUCGCAUUAGCAAUUUCCUAACCAACAGCCCUGUAUACGUCCCGGUUAAGUUAGUGAGAGGUGAACAUUAUUUGCUAUGUUAUUUAUCAAAGCAAAUUUCACUUGUUUGAAAAUACACGUAGGAACGAAAGACUAUGCAAAUACGCUUGCAAAAAUCACAGACCGUGAAAAAAAAAAGUUUUUUUUUUUAGUCGAAAGGAAAUGAGAAUUGCAUUGAGUUCGGGGACAUGACGACGGUUCCAAUAAUUAUAGCGAUAGUGUAAACUGGCCCACUACGAUCUUGUGACUCGGCAACGUGGGGCUAUUCAACUUUGGAGCAGCAAGAUGGUCUCCGGUGAACUUCUUUUGCGUUCGAACUGUGUUUUGUAUGUGCAUCAACUGGAACGAUUUUUUUUUCCUUCAGCACUGUGUCAACUAGUACACACUACGUCUUUUUGGCUGGUCCAAAGAGAAACUUGCUUAUUAUUUAUUCUGGUUCGCUUAGGAAAACUCCGAGCAACCUGAGGCAGAUAUUCCUGGCAUUCCUAGCUUGGAUUGGUAUUUUAUCUGGCGUGUACGUUGUUAUCAAUUGAGCGAAUAAACGCGAUGAUCAGAUUCGUAUUAUUAUUUAGAAUACAAAAUCUAAAGCCGGGUACAUGAUAGUGACAGGGAUGACGGUUCAUACAAAAAGUAAGGAAGAAAGGCAUCCGCUACAUUCUGUUUCGUUUCAGGCACAUAUUCGGCUGCAACAAAUGUGUCUUAUUUGAUUUUUGUUUUUUGUUAUGUUGCAUAACUUUUAAUAAAUGUCAACAACUGAGGA